UAAUUAAUCAAUCCGUUCUUAUCAAACUUGUCCGUGUUUUUCUUCUCCCCAAUCCUCCAUUCCUUUCCAUGCCGCCUCAGCCAUGGAUUUGGCCGCCGAGAAACCCACCAAGAAAAGAAAAUCCGAUCCAGAGCCAACGGCAAUGGAGAUCCUGCCCCAAGAAAUCGCCAUGGACAUUCUUUCGAGGCUCCCCAUAACCUCGCUUCUGCAAUUCAGGUUCGUGAACAGAGGAUGGAACAGAUUAUCGCGCGACCCGGAUCUCGUCGAGUUGCAAUUUUCCCAGACGGCCCGGGAAAACCCGUUUCUGAUUUUCCAUUGCGACAAUCCCCUCAGGAACCAGCUCUAUUUUCUGGCGCUUUCUGGCGGGCAGGAAAGUGCGAUUGCCAAGAAAAUUCAGACCCCUUUCUGGGAAGCCAUGCCGGAGUUCGAUGUAAUAGCUUCCUGUAAUGGCCUGCUCUGUUUAUCCGAUUCCUUGUACGGCGAUCCGUUGUUCGUGUACAAUCCUUUCACUAGGCAGCACAGAGAGCUCCCAAAAUCCAGGCAAUUUGAUGAUCAAGAAGUUGUUUUUGGAUUUGGGUUUCAUCCAGUGAGUAACGAAUACAAGGUGGUGAAGAUAAUCCAUUACUGGAAUCAGUACGAUGCAUUUCCCCGGCGCCGGAGAUUCAGAAUCCCCGGCCUGAGAAGAUCUGAGGUUCAGGUUUUCAGCCUCAACGGGAGCAGAAACUGGAAAUCCCUAGGGAAAGUGCCAUACCCACUAGAGCGGAGGUCAUCCGAGGCUCUGGUGAAUGGGAGGCUGCACUGGCUGACUCAGCCGCUCCGACGGCCGGGGCUUCGCCGGAGCUGCGGGAUAGUGUCUUUUGACAUAGCGGAUGAGCAGUUCAGGGAGGUAGCAAGGCCGGAUUGUGGUGGCCUGAACAGAACAAACUAUCAUCUGGUAGUGUUGGGAGGGUGUCUUGCCGCAGUGGUUUGUUUCCACCAUUACAGGUUUGAGAUUUGGGUUAUGAAAGAGUACGAUGUGAAGGAGAGCUGGGUGAAGGAAUUCAACAUCAAAGAUGGCUCCCCACGGUUCAUGAAGUCACAGACAAGGCAUCCGUAUGGGAUCUGGAAGCAUGCUUCCGGGCAGCGAAUCGCCCGGGUUGUGUGCAUGCUGGAGAAUGGCAAUAUCUUGAUAGAGUAUAGGGGCGGGGUUCUGGUUUCCCAUGAUCCAAUCAGUGGAACAUCAGAGAAGCUAGCGGUUCAGGGGCUACCUGAUUUCUUCAGAUCAGUUGUUCAUGUUGGCUGCCUCAAAUGGAUAGAUUCGCCCCUCCCGUAGACAGUUUUGCCCUUCAUUGAAGCCGGCAUGAUCCCAAUCCAAUCACUGGCUGGAGCUCUGACAUGGGCGAUCCCCAGAAGCUCAGCGUUGGCAGGAACUGGAUUGCAGCUUUUCAGUUCAUCAGAAGAUGAUACUGGGAGCCUAAUUGUGUUCUAUCUGCCAAAGUAGCAUGAUAAGGUUUAGACCACACUAAGCGGUUCAAUCUGUGAUUUCCUUUCCCUUUUGAUAACUAUUGGAUCUUUUGGUGCUAAAUUCAAUGGCCAUAUUGGGUGAAA